AUGGCGAACGAAGUGCAGGACCCCCGCAUGACUACUAUCCACCCUCGAAUCCGCUACAAUACAAUUGGAGGUGUCAAUGGACCUUUGGUCAUUCUAGAUAAUGUCAAAUUUCCUAGAUACAACGAGAUCGUCUCCUUGACCCUACCAGAUGGCUCAGAGAGAUCGGGACAGGUGCUGGAAGCUCGAGGGAAUCGAGCUGUUGUCCAAGUGUUUGAAGGCACCUCCGGUAUCGAUGUCAAGAAGACCAAAGUAGAAUUUACUGGGCACAAUCUCAAGAUCGGAGUGUCUGAGGACAUGCUGGGGCGCAUCUUCGAUGGAUCAGGCAGAGCCAUUGAUAAAGGGCCCAAGGUGCUUGCGGAAGAUUACCUCGACAUUAACGGCAGUCCGAUCAAUCCCUACUCCCGAGUCUACCCAGAAGAGAUGAUUGCAACAGGAAUAUCAGCAAUAGACACGAUGAAUUCGAUUGCCCGCGGGCAAAAGAUACCUAUCUUCUCCGCUGCCGGUCUACCGCACAACGAAAUCGCCGCGCAGAUAUGUCGUCAAGCUGGCUUGGUCAACAAGCCUACAAAGGACGUCCACGAUGGUCAUGAGGAGAACUUCUCCAUUGUCUUUGCGGCUAUGGGUGUCAAUAUGGAGACAAGUCGAUUCUUCACAAGAGAUUUUGAGGAGAAUGGAAGUAUGGAGAGAGUCACAUUAUUCUUGAACUUAGCAAACGAUCCUACUAUCGAACGUAUCAUCACCCCUCGUCUCGCCCUAACAACUGCCGAAUACUACGCCUACCAAUUAGAAAAGCACGUCCUGGUCAUCCUCACAGAUCUAACAGCGUACUGUGAUGCUCUUCGCGAAGUCUCGGCAGCAAGAGAAGAAGUGCCAGGUCGGCGUGGAUACCCAGGUUACAUGUACACUGACUUGUCCACAAUCUACGAGCGUGCUGGUCGUGUUGAAGGUCGCAAUGGGUCAAUCACCCAAAUUCCGAUCCUGACUAUGCCCAACGACGAUAUUACACAUCCCAUUCCUGAUCUUACUGGCUAUAUCACCGAAGGUCAGAUCUUCAUCGACCGUCAACUCCACAACAAAGGUGUCUACCCACCCAUCAACGUCCUCCCAUCCCUCUCCCGUCUCAUGAAAUCCGCCAUCGGCGAAGGCCAUACCCGCAAAGACCACGGCGAUGUCUCCAACCAACUCUACGCCAAAUAUGCCAUCGGCCGAGACGCAGCAUCUAUGAAAGCAGUCGUUGGUGAAGAAGCUCUUUCCUCCGAAGACAAGCUCUCCCUCGAAUUCCUUGACAAAUUCGAACGUACUUUCAUCUCCCAAUCUGCCUACGAGUCACGCACAAUAUACGAGUCUAUCGACCUAGCAUGGAGUUUGCUGCGUAUAUACCCCAAGGAGUUGCUGAAUCGUAUUCCGAAGAAGAUCCUAGAUGAGUUCUACCAACGCAGUGGUAAGGGUAAGAGAGGGAACAAAGACACGAGGGAUAAUGAGGAGCAGGAUGGAGAGCACGGACAGCAGCAGACGGAUGGGGAACAGAAUGAGGACUUGAUUGAGACGUAG